AUGAAGAGGGGUGAGGAGGAAGCCACGGAGAGAGGAAGGAAAUGAAGAUCACGUCACGAAGAGCAGAAUCGGAGUAAAAAAAAAAAAGACGAGUGCUAUUUAAUGGACACUCCUUGCAUUGACGCCACCGUGGACUCAUCUGGAACUCGUCUUUAAGCAACAUGUCAUCGUGGACUUGUUCGGCGUGAAAAGGGAAAAGCGGCCACGCAGCUGUGGGUAUAUAUAUAUAUAUAUAUAUAUAUAUAUAUAUAUAUACAUAUAUAUAUACACAUAUACUGUAUAUAUAUAUAUAUAUAUAUAUAUAUUUAUAUAUAUAUAUAUAUAUAUAUACACAUAUACAUAUGCAUAUUUUUUGUGUGCCGAUGUGUGAAGACCUCCUCUCCUUCCUCCUCCGUGUGCCUGCCCACUGACGCCUCUUCGUGUGCAUCUUCUCUGCACAUUUUUUUUUUUUUUUUUUUUUUUUUUACAGAAAACAUAUUGUUGCAUCUAGUGGAUUUUUUCCGAAUUGGGGAGGGGGACUUUUCUUUUUGAGUUUACAUCUGAAAGGAGAAGAAGGAGCAUCGGGAGAAUUAACAGCUGUGGGCUCUCCUCCAGCUGCAGAUGUAACCAUGGUGUGCAAGUCAAAGGGGUGGGGCAGCGUGCUCUCAGCUCAAACCCCCUCUGAGCAACAUCAUGGAGGAGGAUCACGCCAUGCAUCCACACAAGGCAGCAGCUACAACAAAUCCCAAAAUGAGUGAGCUGGAGCAGCUUCGCCAGGAGGCUGAGCAACUGAGGAACCAGAUACGAGAUGCUAGGAAAGCAUGUGGGGAUUCGACGCUGACACAGAUAACAGCUGGUCUGGAUCCGGUGGGGAGGAUACAGAUGCGGACAAGACGCACCCUUCGAGGCCACCUCGCUAAGAUCUAUGCGAUGCACUGGGGGUCAGACUCAAGGCUUCUUGUUAGCGCCUCCCAAGAUGGCAAACUGAUCGUGUGGGACAGCUACACCACUAACAAGAUACACGCCAUCCCACUGCGCUCCUCUUGGGUGAUGACCUGUGCGUACGCCCCGUCUGGCAACUACGUGGCAUGCGGAGGCCUCGAUAACAUCUGUUCCAUCUACUGCCUGAAGACACGAGAGGGGAAUGUUAGGAUCAGCAGAGAACUACCUGGACAUACAGGUUACCUGUCGUGUUGCCGUUUCAUCGAUGACAAUCAAAUCAUCACAAGUUCAGGAGACACCACCUGUGCGUUGUGGGACAUCGAGACGAGCCAGCAGACCACGGUGUUCUCGGGCCACACAGGCGACGUCAUGAGUCUGUCGCUGUCGCCCGACCUCCGCACCUUUGUAUCCGGGGCCUGCGACGCUUCGGUCAAGCUGUGGGACAUCCGAGACAGCAUGUGUCGACAGACCUUCACGGGCCACGAGUCGGACAUCAACGCCAUCUGUUUCUUCCCCAACGGCAGCGCCUUUGCUACGGGCUCCGACGACGCCACCUGCAGGCUGUUCGACCUGCGCGCCGACCAGGAGCUCAGCCUCUACUGUCAUGACAACAUCAUCUGUGGCAUCACCUCGGUGGCUUUCUCCCGCUCGGGCCGCCUACUGCUGGCGGGCUACGACGACUUUAACUGCAACAUCUGGGACGCCAUGAAGGGAGACAGAGCAGGAGUCCUGGCCGGCCAUGACAAUCGUGUGAGCUGUCUGGGCGUGACGGAUGAUGGCAUGGCUGUCAGCACCGGAUCCUGGGACAGCUUCCUCAAGAUCUGGAACUAACACACACACACACACACACACACACUUCUGGGAACACAGGUUGGCCAGCCGGUGUUCCCACUGUAAUUUAAGCUUAAACGAAGUGCAACAAGUGUACAUAAGACAUAGUGUGACGACUUAGUUUACACCCAUCACACGUGCUACCUUCAGCUGACUGAGGUGCACAAUUGCAGCUGCAAGGCUAUACACGCACACACACACACACACACAAAUGUAAAAAAGAAAAACAAAAAAAAUCAAUGUGACCAAAUACAGUUUUCUUGUAUUCCAAACAAAAAACACUCCUAUGACCUGAAGCCUUUGAAAUAAAAUGUUACACCCACUUUUUCCUGCGCUCGUGUUCAGCAGGGGAGGAGACAAUUCUGUUUUUGUUUACAAUGAAGUCCAAGUCAGACAAGUACAAUUUUUUUUGUCUUCGUGCCACAGUGAUGCUCUUGGGGGGGGAAUUAUUAGAAUGCUGAAAAAUGAAUGAAAUAUACUCUAAACAAACCAUCAUCCUUUCGAGGGUUUUUAUAGCUACUUAUAUGCCCCCAUAUUUAGUGCAUUUGUUUUUGUUUUUUUACACUUAUUUUCUUCAUGUUCUCCCCGUGUGCCUCAGAUACACUUAAAGGAUUAUUACUAGAGAAUACUGAUAAGAGGUAAAGUAAAUAAAACAAAAAGAAAAACAUUGUUAAGUGUGUGAAUGCAGCAGGAGCCAGUAUUCACACUUAAAUCUGGACAUUAUGAUGGUAUAAUUGUACAUAAUAUUAAUAUAAUAAAUAGCAUCUCCUGCCAGUGA